AUGCCUGAAUUUGGCUCGUACGAGCCCAAGAAAGAAAAUCCCGUCAAAGUUUACCAGGCAGAUGAAGGCCUUGGUUCGGUUGGAACUAUAUCUUCAUCUGACCUAGCUGGUGAUGAUGAAAAGGCGAAACCAACUUCGUAUUACCGCAGAUUCUGCAAAUGGGUUGAAAUUGAAGGUACUCAGGGUCUUACAUCUUCUCAGCUAUUUCUCUACAACUACGAUUUGAAGCCUGUUGAAGGUCAUAGACGUACAUGGAGAUGGUGGAACUUCUGCUUCUUUUGGAUUGCUGAUAGUUUCAAUGUUAAUACUUGGCAGAUUGCGGCUACUGGUGUUAAGGCUGGUCUUUCCUGGUGGGUUACUUGGAUUACUAUUUGGUUGGGCUAUUUCUUUUGUGGUUGUUUUGUUACCUUGGCUGCCAGGGUUGGUACUUACUAUCAUGUAUCUUUUCCUGUUUCCUCCAGGUCUUCCUUUGGUAUAUGGGGUUCAAUGUGGCCCGUGAUCAACCGUGUGGUCAUGGCCUGUAUCUGGUUCGGCGUUCAAUCAACCAUUGGUGGACAAUGUGUUCAGUUGAUGCUUCGUUCUAUUUUUGGUAAUGACCUUGAUACUAAAAUCCCUAAUAAGAUUUCUGGCGAUGCCAUUACUUCUUUCGGUGUUCUCUCCUUCUUUCUUUUCUGGCUUUUCGAACUUCCAUUCAUCUAUAUGAAACCUCAUGUUGUCAGACAUUUGUUUACUGCCAAGGCUAUCAUCUGUCCAAUUGCUGGUAUCGCAUUCCUUGUCUGGACUUUGAUUAAAGCUGAUGGUGGUGGUCCAGUUAUUCGCCAGAAGGGUACUCUCCAUGGCUCUGCCUUUACCUGGGCUUUUAUCAACAGUAUGAUGAACUCUUUGGCGAAUUUCGCGACUUUGAUAGUUAAUGCUCCUGACUUUUCCCGUAUGGCUCGUACUAAAAGGGCUGCUGUGUGGUCUCAGUUCAUCACAUUGCCAGUUUCUUUUUCUCUUACUUGCUUGAUUGGUAUCUUGGUCUCUUCAGCUUCUGCUGUCAUGUAUGGUACCACUUAUUGGAAUCCUUUGGACGUUCUGUCUCGUUUCUUAGACAAUUAUGCCUCUGGUUCCAGAGCUGGUGUCUUUUUCAUCUCCUUUGGCUUUGCUGUUGCUCAAUUGGGUACAAACAUCUCUGCCAAUUCCCUUUCCGCAGGAACAGAUAUGACCGCUUUGAUGCCUAAGUUCGUCAACAUUCGUCGGGGUGGUUUCGUAUGCGCCAUCAUUGGUUUUGCCAUCUGUCCAUGGAAUUUGAUGACUUCUUCUUCCAUGUUCACCACUUACUUAUCCGCAUACUCUGUCUUCCUUUCUGCUAUCGCUGGUACCGUUUUUUGCGAUUACUUUAUUCUCAAAAAGGGCUAUAUCAGAUUGAAAGAGUUAUAUGUUGCCGAUAAUUCAAGUUCUUACUACUACAGUCAUGGUAUCAAUUGGAGAGCUUACGCCUCUUACGUUUGUGGUAUUUUGCCCAAUAUUGUCGGAUUCGUUGGUGCUACUAAAACUCAUAAAGUUCCUGAGGCAGCCACUAAAGUUUACUAUUUCAGUUUCUUUACUGGUUACGUCUCUUCUUCUGCUGUUUUACUUAUUCUUACCUUGAUCUUCCCCAUCAAAGGUUUGCCUUCGAGGAUCUUCGAGAAGAAGUGGUUUGAAGAAUGGCAGGAUGUAGAAGAUUUCGAUGGGUUCUUCGAAAAUCAGCGGACAUUGUCUCCUGUUCACAGUGCGCUGAAUGAGGAUCCAAUCGAGGAUGAUCUUUAUUCUGCUGUUAGUAUCUCGCGUCCUAACUGA